UUUUUUAAAAAUAAUAAUAUUAUUAUAGCGAAAGACAGUAUCAGGAAGAAACUUGCUGCAGCAAUAAAGGAACACCAGGUCUACACACCAGAUAUGUUAUCAAUGCCUUCUGCUCACCCAACCGUGAGAAAUGAUGUUCGAGUAUAGAUGGUGCACGAUAAUCAGUGGCUUACUCUAGUGUGGUUUUGGGUGAGGCUGGUAUUUUGCAAGAAUGGCAUCUAAAAACUAUCAACCAGUGAAGAGAUGGGGACACUCCACAGUAAAGGUAGGAGACUACCUAUAUAUGUGGGGUGGGUCCGGGUCUGGAGUAGACUAUGAUGUGAUGGAGGUGUAUCACUUACCAACUGGUGCUUGGGACCAGAAACCUACUACUGGUACCCCACCACCAGGUACCUGGGUCUAUUCAUCUGUUGCCAUAGGAAAGGACAUAUAUUAUUUCGGUGGACGUGGUGCAGGUGAUAGUGGUUAUCAAUACCAAAACAGCUUACAUUGUUUGAAUGUGGAUUCAUUUAAGUGGAGGGAACUCUCUCCUAGUUCUGAUUAUGAUCCAAUGAAGAAGGGCUUUUGUGGAAUAAUAUCAGUUCAUUUUGAUGGUGAACACUAUCUCGUAAUAAUCGGAGGACUGGGAUCAUCUUCUACACCUAAGCAACCUAAUGCUCAGUAUAAUAAUUCUUUUGGUGAUUUGAGAUGUAAUGAGAUACAUUAUUACAGGAUUUCAUCAGGAGGGAAGUUAUCUCAGCUGUUACAUAAUCAACAAUUACAGUACCAUGGUUGAAGUAUCUAGCUGUAUUCGUGGUCUUCACGUUUACAAAGACAUAUGGGAGCCUUAUAUAGGUGAGGAGAUGGUGUGUAGCCCACAAAUGAACAAUCCUCAUGACUGCUAUGCUGUGGCUGUAUGCAAGUCAGGUACCAUAGUGGGGCAUGUCCCAAAAGUUAUAUCAAGACUAUGCUGGUUGUUUUUAAACAAAUCUGGCACAGAAAUUAAAUGUUUUGUCACUGGUACUAGAAGGUACUGCAGUGAUUUGGUUCAAGGUGGUCUUGAGGUACCUUGCAGGUUUAAGUUUAUUGGAGGAACUCAUGAACAAACUGCUAAAGUUGCUGCUCUUCUAAGAAGCACUGAC